AUGCAAUGUAACWGGGCCUGGAGAUGGCUUCGCACAUCAUCCGGUCUCGUCCCAGGAGCGAGAGCAGCAGCGUACAGCACGCUUCGGAACGCUUCAGCUCGGAGACCCACAUCUCAGGCGACUGCCCACAUGCCAGCGGACAUGGAACACCCCGAGCAUCUGUUCCAUUACACAUCCGGUCGCUGGCUAUAUAACGAACAGCGGCGGAUGCAAGAGCGAGAGCGGAUCUUCAAUGUCGAUGAGCUAAAGCGCUUGGCGGCCGAGGCAGUCUCGAAAACUGUCGAAGACGUCGUCUACUUUGACAAGCUGGGUGAGGGCGGUGCCAAUCGUGCAUUUGUCCUGCACAUGAAAGACGGCACGCGACUUGUAGCUCGCAUUCCGUAUGUGAACACCGCACCGAGAGAACUAGCAGUCGCAAGUGAAGCCGCAACCAUGUCUUUCAUCCGCUCCCAUGGUAUUCCAGUCCCGCAGAUUCACGCCUAUUCGACGUCGGCAAACAACCCCGCCGGAAUAGAGUACAUCAUAAUGGAAUAUAGCCCUGACACUAACCUGUCCGACUUAUGGUUUGACAUGAACGAGCAGGAUCGUAGCAAGUUCAUAACAAGUCUAGUCUCGCUCGAAGCCCAAUUGUURAACAUACGCCUCCCAGCAAACGGCAGCAUAUACUUCCUCCGGGACCUGCCUGCAAAUGCGGACCGAGUGGCGAUCGACGACGACUCCGAGAGUGCGGACUCUUUCGUUGUUGGCCCUAGCACUAGUCCAAGUCUCUGGCGCGGAAGGAGGGGCGGCCUCGAUGUAAAUCGUGGACCUUACGUCGAAGCGGAAGCUGUCUUGACCGCUGGGGCCAAAAAAGAAAUCGCCUACCUAGAGCAGUUCGGCCGCCCUCUAUUUCCAUACGAUCGUAUUCGGAGGGAGACAUUUCAACUCGAAAAGCAAUUGCCUUCUGUCCAUCUCGACAGUCUACGGAAAUAUCUUACACUGGCUCCAUGUCUCAYCCCAGCAGAUCAUCCCGAGCGCCAAAGGCCCAUUCUCCGCCAUCCUGACCUCCGACCUAGCAACAUCUUCGUUUCCAGCCACUGCGAAAUCACUUCCCUAAUUGACUGGCAACACAGUAGCAUCCUGCCCUUCUUUUUGCAUGCCGGCAUCCCGGACUACUUCAACAAUUCAUCGGAUCCCAUCUCGCAGUCCCUAGAGACCCCCAAGUUACCGCCCGACUUUGACGAAUUACAAGAAGACCAGCGUACCGAGCAAUAUCAGCUAUUUCGCACGCGCCAGCUCCACUACUCUUACGUGGCAGAAACAGCGAAACAGAGCCCCGCUCAUUUUGCCGCUCUCGUCUCCCCUUACUCCAUGAUACGUCGCAGACUCCAUCGACUCUCUAGCGAUCCCUGGGCAGGCGACAACAUCCCCCUUCGAUCCAGUCUAGUUUUCCUCACGCAACGAUGGCAUGAGAUAGUAACUGAUUCGACAAUUCCAUGUCCGAUUCACUUUACCGUGGAAGAUGCGAACGAAUGUCUCGCACUCGAUGAUAGUGAGCGUGAGGCUGAAGAGCAGAUGCGAGAGUCGAUGGAAAUGUUAGGCAUUAGGCCGGAAGGAUGGGUUCCCUAUGAUCAUUACGCGGCGGCGAAUGAGGCUACGCAACGGAUGAAGAGUGAUUGCCUGGAUCUGGCGGAGACGGAAAUCGAACGGAGGGCUAUGACUGAACACUGGGUCUUUGAUGAUAUGGAUGAGGACGAGUAUUGGUAA